GGGUCGGAGUUGAGCACUUAGAGUUCCCCUUCUCCUACCCCUCACCUCCCGAUCGCCGCCGCCACCGCCUCCCCAACCCAAAGCACCCCCCAGCUCCCCGUCUCCCGGAUCGGCGCCAUGGUCUCGGAGGCCAGCAAGAAGAAGGCCGCCCAGAAGAAGGCCGCCGCGGCCGCCAAGAGGGGAGGCAAGGCGCCGGCGUCCUCGUCCUCGUCCUCUUCCUCCGCGGCCGCGGCCGCGGACAAGGCGGCGAACGGCGUCGCGGCCCUCAAGCUCUCCGACCGCACCUGCACCGGGGUCCUCGCGUCCCACCCGCUCUCCCGCGAUAUCCAUAUAGAGUCUCUUUCAUUAACAUUCCAUGGGCAUGACCUUAUUGUGGAUUCUGAGUUGGAGCUGAACUAUGGGAGGCGAUAUGGGUUGCUUGGCUUGAAUGGCUGUGGAAAAUCUACUCUUCUCACAGCAAUAGGCUGCAGAGAACUUCCUAUCCCUGAACACAUGGACAUAUACCAUCUCAGCCAUGAGAUUGAGGCUUCAGACAUGUCUGCACUACAAGCUGUUGUUAGUUGUGAUGAGGAAAGAGUGAAGUUAGAAAAGGAAGCUGAAAUUUUGGCUGCGCAGGAUGAUGGUGGUGGUGAAGCUUUGGAUCGUGUGUACGAGCGUCUAGAUGCGAUGGAUGCUGCAACUGCAGAAAAGCGUGCUGCUGAAAUAUUAUUUGGUUUGGGUUUUACCAAACAGAUGCAGGCAAAGAAAACUAAAGAUUUCUCUGGUGGUUGGCGUAUGAGAAUUGCUUUGGCAAGGGCACUGUUCAUGAAUCCAACAAUCCUUUUGCUUGAUGAGCCCACAAACCAUCUCGAUCUUGAGGCCUGUGUCUGGUUGGAAGAGACACUAAAGAAAUUUGACCGCAUACUUGUUGUCAUAUCACACUCUCAAGAUUUUCUAAAUGGAGUGUGCACGAACAUUAUCCAUAUGCAAAACAAGAAGCUUAAGUUAUACACUGGUAAUUAUGAUCAGUAUGUGCAAACCCGUUCUGAGCUUGAAGAGAAUCAAAUGAAGCAGUACAAAUGGGAGCAGGAACAGAUUGCUUCAAUGAAGGAGUACAUUGCCCGCUUUGGUCAUGGUUCUGCGAAGCUUGCACGUCAGGCACAAAGCAAAGAGAAAACUCUUGCAAAGAUGGAGCGUGGUGGUCUCACUGAGAAGGUUGUUAGGGACAGAGUACUUGUGUUCCGCUUUACAGAUGUUGGCAAGCUUCCACCACCAGUGCUGCAGUUUGUUGAAGUCAAGUUUGGAUAUACACCUGAUAAUCUCAUAUACAAGAAUCUUGACUUUGGCGUUGAUCUUGACUCUAGAAUUGCAUUGGUCGGUCCCAAUGGGGCAGGGAAGAGUACUCUUCUGAAGCUUAUGACUGGUGAUCUGGUUCCACUAGAUGGCAUGGUGAGGCGCCACAAUCACCUCCGCAUUGCGCAGUACCAUCAGCAUCUUGCAGAGAAACUGGACCUGGACAUGUCGGCCCUGGCUUACAUGAUGAAGGAAUACCCUGGGACUGAAGAAGAGAAGAUGAGAGCUGCAGUCGGCAGGUUUGGCCUGUCGGGGAAGGCGCAGGUGAUGCCCAUGAAGAAUCUCUCUGACGGGCAGAGGAGCCGUGUCAUCUUUGCGUGGUUAGCAUACAGGCAGCCACAACUGCUGCUGCUUGAUGAGCCGACUAACCAUCUGGAUAUUGAGACCAUUGACUCCCUGGCGGAGGCGCUGAACGAAUGGGAUGGCGGUUUGGUGCUGGUGAGCCAUGACUUCAGGCUGAUCAACCAGGUUGCUCAAGAGAUCUGGGUGUGUGAAAACCAGGCAGUGACUAGGUGGGACGGUGAUAUCAUGGAUUUCAAGGCACACUUGAAGAGCAAGGCUGGUCUGUCCGAUUAGAAAGCCUUUUAUUUCUCUUUGGAGAAUUAUAGUCAACCAUGAUGAGCUUUUUAACUCUGUAUCACGAAGUCCCAGUUUUCCAGUAGCAAAUUAUUGGAGUUUUAUGUUAUUGUAUCGGAUUCCUUACGACUUUCAUCGGAACAUGAGUAUUUUAUAGUACUUCAAUGCUUAUAUAUUUUUUGAAAUGUUGUGUAUCGCAAGUUUGUAGAGUU